AUGUCCGGUAGCUAUUCUAUUCCCGGUACCUUUAUCGGUCGACCAACGCAGCGAGAAGACUUCUCGCAUGAAACUGCCACCGUGAGCCUCGCUGGAGAGAGCUACUUCUUCAGUGGCCCAGCAAGAAGUUACGGUUCAGAGCUUGAGGAUUAUGGGGAGAUCGCAGAUCUCUACACAGAACAUGAUGUUGAGCGCCCAUCAUUCCUAUAUCUCGGCCCCAACAAGACUUUCUACACUCGUGUAGACGAUGGAACUGAGGAGUGGGAGCUCCCUCAAGAGAUAAUCCGUGAAGGCUUGCAAGUGACACCCGACGCAGUUCGGUCUGCGGUCGACAGUCUUUGGCUUGGUGUUGGCGACGCUUGGGUUGCACAGUAUCGGGACUCUCGCUUCAGAUUCGACCUCAAGGGCCAAUAUGCCAACCUGGAGCCGGUUUUGCGUCAGAAACAAGACCAGGAGGUCUCUAUCAAUGCGCUGGCAUUAAAUGUGGCUGAUGGAAAGUCUUAUGUCUGUGUCUUUAACGAUGGAGAUGUCGUGUACGAGGCUGGUUCAGCUCGCUUUGAUGGAAAGGAACUUGUGGCUUGGUGUGAGCAGAACUUCAGAUUCACUCAGAGACUGAGGUUCGCUUAG